AAACAUGUUGGACCGGAACCGGAUGUUAGCAAGUUUCUGUCAAUUAGUUUUCAAAUCCAUGAGCAUAAAGAAUGGAUAAAUGAAAGGAUUUAAAGAUGAAUUACUGAAGACACUUUUUAAAUGGAUUAAGAAAAUCAUCCCUCCACAUUCUUUGCAGCAGUCUGGCCUCUACAACAGUUUAUGUGAUGUCAACUGAAUAAGUGCAAAUAAGACAAUUCAGACAUUUCCACCAUGAAUCCCAACAGUCUCUUUAGCAGACAGCAGGGAGGUGCCUUUCAGGCUCCUAGCAACACUAACAAGACCAGUGGCAUGUUCCAGGACUUUGCACAGCAAGCUGCCCCUAAUCCUCCACAGAACGUAGCAUUUGGACAGGCAGCAACUUUCGGCCAAUCAUCUGCCUUCAGUCAACCCUCAGUGUCUGGACAGACCUCAGCUUUUGGGCAAACAUCCUCUAUUGGACAGGGCUUGGUUUUUGGGCAAAGUGGAAGAUUAGGGCAGGCAUCAGGGCAGUCAUCAACAUUUUCUUCAAUGAGUCAGCUUCCAGGUUUUGGUCAAUCCUCAUUGGGGCAGAGUAGUUCUGGGUUUGGUGGCCCCCCCCCACCUUCAUACGGACAGGCCACCGGACAGAGUCAGAGCUCAGGUUUUGGACAGACGCCAGCAUUUGGAAAGACCUCUGCCUUUGGGCAGCCGCCACCAUACGGGCAGCAGCAGACCCCUGCAUUUGGAAUGUCUACUGGGAUCUCUCAGGAUUCCUCCAGCUCCACCACUGCCACUUCCACAGGUUUGGCACCGUCAAUGACCUUUGGACAGUCGCCUUUUGGCCAGCCACAGCCCAGCACGACUACUGUCUCCUUCAGCGCAACUCAGAGUAUUGUCCAGAGUAAAGGCUUUGGCACGUCAGAGUUCAGCUUCAAACCAUCCAACGAGGUACUGUUUAAGCCCAUCUUCAGUGCCAGCCCGGAGCCUGCUAACACCCAACCUACACCCGAGCAGCCCUUCAGUGGCGCUGUCACCACCAACCUGCCCUCCUCUAGCAGUAUGGACAGCAAAGGACUCACCAGCUCAGCAUUUUGUCUUCUGACUGGUGCGAAAAGUGGCCCACUCGGCUUCAGCUUCUCCCAACCGGCAGCAGCCCCUUCCAUACCUGCAGCCGGGGCCACAACCAACCUGGCUCAGAAAGACCCCCUCACCAGCAGCACAGGCUCUGCCAGCGGCCUGCAGUUCACCUUUGCCCAGCCUGCUGCCCUCUCCAGUACCAACACUAGCUCCAGCCCCUCUUCCUUCAGCUUCUCUGCCAAAGUCCUCCAGUCCCAGCCAGGACCUCCCAUGUCGCUGUUCGAAGGAGUCAGCUUUGGCCAGAAAUCUGCGUUCGGAGAAACCAAAACCAGUGCCCCAGCCCAGGACGCGGGUGGCGAUGACGAAAGCACUGGUGAAGUGACCACGUUUGGGAGACUUGGAAAAGGAACCAAGCGAAAGGAGGAGCCAGCAGAUUCCAGCAUCGCUCUAGGAAAGCCUCCGCCAAAACAGGACGACCAAGCAGGAGGUGACCUGCCCCAACCAAAGCGGUCAUCCCGCGGCCCAGCUGGAGGGCUCUUUGGCAGGGCUAUGAGCGGCCUGUUCCGAUCCCCAGCCAACCUGGCGAGGAGGGAGGCGGUGAAGCAGAAAGAGCCGCCAGCUGGUUGGGGGGAGGUGGAGAGAGAAGACGCGCAUGCUUCCAGCUCUCACAGACCCACAACACCACCCAGGGCUCAGACCCCAACCAGAGACUUGCUGGAGAAAGCAGAGGACUUCGAAUCGGUUGAAGUCCACAACACAGAAGCCGUGACCAAGACCCCAGCGAGGAGAGGGCAACGCGGGGAAAGCACAGACAGCCUAGGGGCCACCUCCCCCACCGACGCUACCAUCCUCCAGUGCAAGAAUGUCCCGCCCAGCCUUAACCGGAAGGACAUCAUUGAGAAGCACUUUGGCCGUUUUGGGAAAGUCCGCCGGGUCUUCUGCCGACCACACAAGAACCUGGCUAUCGUCCACUUCCAAGACCAUGCAUCAGCAGCAAAGGCCAAGAAGAAGGGCAAGACGCUGCACCGACAUGAAGUCCUGCUGUUCUGGCAGAGAAAGAAGCUCAGCCCGGGGGAGAAAGGGGAUAGAGUCCCAGAGAGGGAGGAGGAAGGAGAUGACAGCCAGGCCACUGACCCUAGAUUGGGGGACUUCCCAGCCACCUCCUCCCCGCUGAGAAAGCCUCUCUCCAAAGCCCCGGCACUCAGCAGCACCGUCUCUCUCAGCCGGGGCUCCCCGUUAAAGAAGCCAUCCAUUGCCAAGUCCCUGCAGUUUGACACCGAACCUCAGCAGGACUCCGCCUUUGAGGGCCAGAGCUCUGACCACCCGGUCCCUUCUUCCCUCCUCCACCUGAUUGGCCAGCUGGCUGAGACUGCAGAGGAUAAGUACCGCCUCCUGGAGCAAAGGGACAAGAUCCUACGGGCCGAACGGCCCAAACGGACAGACCUAGUGCGGUCAUUCUUUGUUGGGACGUGCCCGGACAUGUGUCCAGAAAAGGAGCGCUACAUGAGGGAGACGCGCAAACAGCUCAGCUGCUUUGAGGUCAUCCCCGACACGGAGAAGGUGGACCAUGUAGCAUCCAUCAAGGAGUACAGCAGGUCAUCAGCAGACCAGGAAGAGCCCCUCCCUCAUGAGCUGCGGCCCCUCCCUGUCCUCAGCAUGACCAUGGACUACCUGGUCACUCAGAUCAUGGACCAAGGCCACGAGAACUACCACGACUGGUACGACUUUGUCUGGAAUCGGACCCGCGGCAUCCGGAAGGACAUCACCCAGCAGCAUCUGUGUGACCCCCUGACGGUGUCACUGAUCGAAAAGUGCACGCGCUUUCACGUGCACUGUGCCCACCACCUGUGCCAGGAGCACAUGAGGACGUUCGACGCCAAGAUCAACAACGAGAACAUGACCAAGUGCCUGCAGAGCCUGAAGGAGAUGUACCAGGACCUGGCUACCAGGGACGUCUACUGCCCCAGAGAGGCAGAGUUCCGCCAGUACAACGUGUUGCUCAAACUAGAUGUCGGAGACGUCCUUCGCGAAGUGCAGCAGUUCAGGGAGGAGGUGCGCAACUCCCCGGAGGUGAAGUUUGCCGUGCAGGCAUUCGCUGCUUUCAACAGCAACAACUUUGUGCGCUUCUUCAAGCUGGUGAAGUCUGGCUCCUACCUUGCAGGUUGCUUACUUCACAGAUACUUCAACCAGGUGAGGGGCAAGGCCUUGAGGACCCUGAACAUUGCCCAUACAGUGAGCUCCCAGAGGUCCACCAUUUUCCCCUUGGAGGAUCUGGUGCGUAUGCUGAUGUUCAAGGACGCAGGCGAGGCCACAGACUUCAUCCAGCAGUUUGGUCUCACCGUCAGUGACACCUUGGUGGAACUGAGCCGCACAGCCUGGCAGGAGCCCGAACUUACCCUCCCGCAGGUGAAGUCCGAUGUCAUCGUGGCCAAAAGGGCGGCGCUGGUCGGGGAGGUGGUCAACGGAGGGCUGCUUCCCUGCCCACCCCAGCACGUCCCCAUCUGUAGCUUUGACGCCAACAACAGGUACCGGGGGGAGAUGCCGUUGGCAGAAACCUCGUCAACCACCGGAGUCUUCAGGACCGUCCCGGUGGCCGAAACAGUGCCAGCCUUCACCCUGCAAAGGCCAGAGAUCAGGGCCCAGGCAGAGGUCGAGCUCCAGACACUGUUAAAUCCUGCCAUCCAGGUCCCACUGUACCCCAGCCUUGGUAACCCCGCGGAGACUGGCCGGCCGGUGCUGGGCACAGAUGAAACCGCAGAGCCAGAGCCCACCCAACCAACUGUUCACGUCCACCCUGCUGCAGAUCUCCAACAGCAGCUGUUCCAGCCCAUUGACGUCGCCCAGCCCCGGCCUGUCAGACCACCCUCGCCGCCGCCCAAACCUGAGGCCGUCUACUCUGACUUGGACAUCCUGGGAGAAUUGGAUUGCAUGGUGGAGGAGGUGCUGGAGACAGGGGUGCGCGAAGUGGCCAGAGCUGGGGCAGACUACGCUGCAUUCGCCCUUGGUGAGAGCAUUGGCCACAUGAAGGCUGUGGUUAAUGAGGUGGUGGGGCAGAUGCUCCGGGAGGUUUCUGCGGCCGAGGUCCAAGCCGAGCGUGAGAGACUGGCCGAGGAGAGACGCCAGAUCGACGAAGCCAGGAGAAAGCAGGAGCACGAGGUCUUCAUUGCCCAGUUUAGUGAACGUCUCUGCUCCGAGAUCAGCCAGGAGGUUCUGACCGAGUGUAUCCAAGAGACUGCCGCCGCCGAGAUCCAGUUGGCCACAGAAGAGAAGACUGCUCGCGUAAUGCGCUGCUCAGAAGAAGUGUGCUGCCGCCUGGUUGAGGAGACCCUGGACAAAGAGAUCUUUGUAUUGGUGGAGAACAUCUUGAAGGCCGAGCUCCAGCGCAUACAGAAGUACAUCAAAAGGUGGCGUGACGUGGUUGCUGUGCGGAGGCAGCUGAAGAGGCAGAUGCGGGGCUUCCCUGCUGCCCCGUGUUGCGUGGACCCCCAGCACCAGCUCAAAGCCCUGGCCCCCAGCGCCCCUUCCCAGCCCUCCAUGGAGAGCCUGGCCCGAGGCAUGGUCAACCUGGGCAACGCCGGCUACAUGGCCCUGUCCAGCACCCGGUUGCUAAAGAUGAGACAGGAAGCAAUCCAUCAGAUGCGAGUCCACUUCUACUAUCAGCAGCUGUUGGAUGAGACGGUGUGGAAUCCCCUGGACCUGCCUAUGCUAGCGGUUGAGAACGUCCCCAACCCACCCGACAGAAUUUUCUGGAAGGCAGCCCUCCUUUUGCCCAGCGAACACGAGAGUGAGGCCAGCAUUGCAGACAGGGUCCUGACAGACUGGCUGGAGACAAAGCUUGGCGGAAUGGACAACGAGCAGCAGUUCAACGAGCAGCAGCAGGAGGGGACAUUCAGGACUCUCUGCAUCACCAAUGCAUUAAGGGAUUCCGGAGAGAGGACUCACAAAGUACACCUCAGCGUAAAGGCGUCUCGCGGCCCACUAAGCGAAGAGGGCUUGUCCAAGAUGGAGGAGGCCCAGGAGCUCCAGGGCACGCGGGCCCUUCUGAUGCUGCUGCCCGCCCCCAGCUCAGGCAGCGAGGACCAGGACGUGCCCCUGCUCUCUGCCUUGCUCCAACUUAAACAGCUCCAGCAGGCAAACAUCUGGGACUGCCCGCUACCUCUCGCCAUACUGGUGCCUGGCCUGCAAGAUGUGCAGAAACUGGAGGAAGACCUGAUGCUCCAGACGUUGGUUGAAGAUGGUCUGAUCUCAGAACACACGUUCGUCCCCAUCCCAGAGACCACCAGCGACUUGCAGGGCUCAGAGAAGGUGAGCGAGGCAGUGCGCUGGCUCUUGGCACGUGCCCCCGCGCCCUCCUUGGUCUCCUGCAGGACCCUGGUACACUUCGUGGAGACUGGGCUGUGCCGAGAGUUCAGUGCCCGUCUCUACGGCCAUCGGCAGGACCGGGCAGGGGCGAGGCUGGCACAGCAACACCCGGCGCCUGUCAUCAACCUCUACAACGCUGUGCUGUCCUUCCUGGCCGACAUAGUGUCCUCCCAGCAGCUCACCACCCUCUCCUGGCCCCCGGGGGAGUUCGCCCUGCCGGACAUGCGGGAUCUGGUGCCCCAUAUGGGCUGGAACUCCCCUCAGCACCUGGCCUGGCUCCGGAGGGCAGUCCUCAGCCUGCAGAUACCCAGCUGGAACCUGCCUGCUGAUUCAGCCUCCUGGCCACAGCUGUGCGCCUCCAUCUUCCAGUACGCUGGCCAGGUCUCAGCGUCACGCCAUAGCCAGCCCCUCCUCAUGUCCCAUCUGGAGAACCUCCUGGAGAGGGUGCGCUGCUCCACCACUGCGGCCCAGGACCAGUGGGAUGCGAAUGAGGGCCCGUCCAUGGAGCAAAUCCCCUGGGACGAGGUGGUGGCCCUCUGCAUAGACCACAAGCUGAAGGACUGGCAGCCUCCAGACGGCCCAGUGUGUGCUGAUGCUGUGACAGAGGAUGGAGAGGUCCUGGUCUACUUCUCCAAGGAGGCACUGAAGGGCUUCCAGCCACCUGCAGAGUGGACUGAGGCUGUCAGACUAACACACAGGGAGAAGCAGCUGGAGACAUUAGGAGACAGUCCCGGAGGCUUCUCAGUCCCAGAGACAGUCCCGAAGGCUUCUCUGAGGCUUCCUAUCAGACAGAAGCUGUUCCAGAGCCUGGCAGAUGGUCCGGAACAAACCGUCGCCAGCUCCGCCACCGUGGACAUCACACACACGCCCUCGCCCCGAGAACUCCUACCUCACAAGGUCCUCCACGGCCUCCAGGAGGAGAGGGCCCUCAGCCAGAGGUGUGAGGAGCAACUGCAGCGCUGGCUGGAGGUGGAGCCUCUGGACAUGCCCUCCCUGCCCUUAUUCAUGCCCUCCACCCUCCUCUCCAUGACCAACAUCCUGGCUCCUAUUCGUACUCCUGCUGCUGAUGUUGCUGCUCCUCAGGAGGCGGACCUCGAAGACCCUUUGGAAAAAGUAGGCCGUGAUUGGUUUAAGGGUGCACCCAUAUCCAUGACACAGCGCCUGAAGGAGCUAGAUAGUCUUUUAUUGGCCAGUCGAGAGGAGGAGCUUGCAUGCAGUCUCAAGCUAAACAGCUUAUUGCACAUUGUCGAGGACUAAAUCACUUGUCAUAACACACAAUUCAGAUAAAACCACGGCUUACUUUUGGCUUUUCAAAUUUGUUGCCACUGGAAACAAUUUCCUUGUAAAUGUAUAAUGUGUUUUUACCUUUUUUUAAUGUUUGAUUUGUAAUUGAAAAGAAAAGGCAAUGCAUGUUCUUUUUUAAGUAUAGAACAGGCACAACUGAUUUGCCAUUACGCAGUUCAUUAUUACGUCGUGCAUAAAUUCAGUGCAUUGUUGCUUGAUACACAAAACACAAGUUCAUCUUUAAAAUUAUGUUUAUGGUUUAAUGAGUUUUAAGCACAGUAAGUGUUUUGUCUUAUUUCCCCAUAUUAACUGGAUUAUGCAUAUUUUGCUGAUUGGCACAAACCAAUCAUGUUCAUUAUCUUUAUGUCUGUGUUCCAUGUUGAGUUGUAUUUGUGUCUCAUGCUGAGCUUUAAGUAAAGGUUAUAUUUUUCAUAGAACUCUAAAUAAAAUUGUUUUACUUCUGUUGAA